AUGGUCGCCGCCACGUCUCUCCUCGCCCUGGCGUUUGCCGCAGCCACCGGCCUCGCCGUCCCCCUCGACGUACCGGCCGGCUACAAGACCGUCUACAUCACGUCCAACGUCAACGCCAAGUUCGUCGUCCAGCCCAAGGCGGCCAAGGCCGGCUCGGCUGUCGUCGUGCAGACCCUGACGAGCAAGCCCGAGCAGCAGUGGUACGUCAAGGACGGUGCCAGCAAGAUCCAGCUGGCGGGGACGACGCUGUGUCUGGAUGCCGGAGCCAAGUCCAAGUGGAAAGACAUGGCCGCCCUGGUGAUUAACGACUGCGCCGACACGGCCGAGGGUCAGAACUUUGACGUCAAGGCGGACGGGCGCAUCGCGGUGGCGGCGUCGAGCCCGCAGGAGUGUGUGGACCUGCAGUACAUGCGGGCGACGGCCAACAACCCGGUGGGCCUGUACUCGUGCGCGGGCCUCGGCAACGCGGGCGCGGGCGACAAGGGCAUCAACUGGCCGCUGGUGGCGGCGACAUAA